UUUUCUUUUUUGCAACUUCACCAGAUACAAGGUAACCCUCCAGAUUUCUCAGUGACCCGUGUUAUUGGCAAAGAUCAACAACAUAUGGUUAUGUCCCCUGACCGUUUCAGUGAGAUGUCAACAAUGUCUUCUGUAACUGACAGUGGACAUGGCUGCAGUGAAGCAAGCACUGCUCACUAUGAAACAUUACCUGGUCUGAAAUCUCUUCAAGAACAGACACCCAGCACAGGCAGGAAAUCCUUAUCACAGACAUUAAUUAAACCAAAAGGUACCAAUCCUAGGUCUUCCUAUCAACCUAACCCUAGUCUUUUUACUCAUGGCAAUAAUAUAAUAAACUUAAAAUCUACACAAGCAGAUAACACCAAACCUAAAUUAUUGCAAGCUCAACCCUGGAAUCUACCAACAAGGAACAGUUUCACUUCAUAUACCAAACCUUUACCAAAAGUACCUUAUUCAUGAAUCUUUUGGAAGAUAAUUUUCAAGUACAUCCUGAUAUCCCAUCACUGGACAUUCUCAAGUGAUCUUUAAACAAUGUGAAAUUUUGUAAUAUUUCAUUACUAAUCUAUUUGCAAAAAAUGGAUUGGCAUCUCAUUUCAAUUUUCGCAUUGUGCAUUGGAUUUCUAAACUGAAUGGAUCACUUUUACCACUAUUCCUUGUUAUAACAUUCAAGGGAAAAUAAACACCUUAUGUAAUAAUAUAUAACUAAUAUAUACAUAAAUAUAUAUCCUUUAAAGUUUAGUUUAAUAUAUAAAUAUAUUAGAUGGACAAUCUUGUGAUGUCACUGAAUGUAAUCCCUUAAAUAACCUUCAUUCUGACUUACAAUAACAAACUUAUAGCUAAAUUUUAGAUGCUAAUGCUGAAAAUUCAAAUAAUUAUAAUGAAAUAUAUUGCUCAAUUGUAAAUUUCUAAAAAGAUAAAUUUUGUUUGGAAAAGUUUUCAAAAAUACUUUUAAUCCAAUAUUCUGCUGGAUAGAGAAAAUAUUUUGCAUCAUAUUGCUGUUGCUGGUCCAACCAAAAAUAAUCUUUACUGAGCAGGUUACAUUGCUUUGGUUAAGGUAAAUAUUUCCUUUACUAUCAUUAUUCACCUUUUAAAAUGGUAAAUACAUUUUCCCCUAAAUUCAGAGGAUUCCAAAAUUUUAAAUUAUAGCCAAUCAUGAGCCUUUUAGUAGACACUAAUGUUUGAGAAAUUAUGUACUUCAUUUUCUGUUUUUUAAUCAAUAUUGAUGUCUGCUUGUAUGUUGAAUAACUCUCCCUAACCCAACACACAUGAAUUUUAUAUCAUAGUUUUAAA